AUGGCAAAGACCUCCGCUGCCGGUGCCCCUGGUGCAGACAUGAAAAAGAAGAGAGGAAGACCCAAGAAGGCGGAUGCUAAGCUUGCUGAGCCACCUGCUGCCCCGUUGCCCAUUGUUGCACAAGACCUUCCUGUCAGCCUUCUCGAGGCUGCACUGAAAGCUGCCACAGAUUCGGGAGACAUGGAGUGCGUCCACUGGCUCUUCUGCCUUCAACUAGAACUGACCACUAGUAUCAGUUGGUCAACGGAGGACGGCAUCAAAGCCACUUACAAUCUCAUUGCGCACAUAGAGCAAGAUCCAGAUGCACGCAACUCUCUCUAUCCGGGCAAAGGCUCCAACCCACGCUCUGGAGGCAAGAGCAAGACAGAGUAUCACUGGGCUCUGGCCGUUGCCGCAUUCAAGACCCAUCCUACCCUUAGUGAAGUGUUCUCUCUUGUUGAGAACAUCACCGGCAAAGACUCAGCUAAAGCGCGCAAGCCCUGGCUUCUCAAGAUCAAGAAUCGCCUUGAGUGUAAGGGCAACCUCGAGGCCCGAUCUCAGAGUCCUGACAAGGGAGAGUCCAAAGCGUCAGAUAAAGGGACCGACUAA